AUGGUCUCUAUCAAGUCUGCCCUUCUCACUCUUGCAAUUUCCACCACCGCGCUGGCUGGCGUGCAAUGUGACAGCGACGAUGUAGAGGCAUCAAAGGACGAGCUCCAGCAGUGUAUCGAUGAACUUCACGGCCGAGGCCAGGAACUUUGUACCGUCCCAGGGGGAUAUCUAAACAAGGGGUUUGUCCAUAUUGGCACAGCCAUGAUCACGGGCAUGCAUCACGGGGAUAACACUGAAGAAGAUCAAAGCUCAUGGUGCUCGCAUAUUGCGGACGCUGCGCAGGACGCUCUUGACGAGUGUGGCAAGGGUAAAGAUACUGCCUCUGGUUCUAAGGAAGCUUAUGGAAACGGCAAUAUCCUGGUUAGUCUUAUUUGGCGGGACGAGGACGGUCCUGACACUUAA